AUGGACAAGCUGUUGUUUUGCCUCUCUGUCCUCAUUACUCUCACGGAAGCUUUUGUUCAGACAAACCUUGAUGGGAAGGUGUUUGUGUUCCCCAGAGAAUCCUAUACUGACUAUGUGGACUUGAUUCCACAAUCGGAGAAACCUUUGCAGAACUUUACCUUGUGUUUUCGAGCUUACAGUGACCUCUCCCGACCCUACACCCUCUUCUCCUACAACACUCAGGGUGGGAACAAUGAGCUACUAGUUUAUAAAGAAGGUGCUCAACUAUUUGGCCUGUAUAUUGGAAAUGUCAGAGCCACCUUUAAAGUUCUUGAAGACUUCUCUGUCCCAGUGCAUUACUGUGCCAAGUGGGAGUCUUCUACAGGCAUUGCCGAGUUCUGGGUCAAUGGGAAACCUUCAGUGAGAAAAGGUGUGCAGCAAGGAUACUCCGUAAAGCCUCACCCCAAGAUUGUCCUGGGGCAAGAGCAGGACAAUUAUGGGGGUGGCUUUGAAAUCACUGAAUCCUUCAUGGGAGAGUUUGGGGAUUUGUACAUGUGGGAUUCCUUGCUGUGUGCAGAGGAAAUCUUGGCUGUAUAUCAAGGCUCUGUUUUCAACCCUAACAUCUUGGACUGGAAGGCUCUGAACUAUGAGAUGAAAGGCUAUGUCGUCAUCAAGCCUCAGCUGUGGAACUGA